AAUGGGCUGGGCUUAUGGCUGGGGGAUGAUGUGAUCUGGCUCUCGUUCUGGCUCUGACACUGAUUUGCUGUGUGACUUCUGGCAAAAUGCUCAGGAGGGGAUUUUGCUGCCUGUAACGGGGAGAAACGGCACGGCAGCUCCCGGAGCAAAGCCAGAGGUCCUGUUUCUGGGCUAGGUGCAGCCACAGUGCCUCAGAAACAUCCCCUCGUGCUUCAGGCUCUCGGUUCUGCGGUGUCCAGCAUCACCUUGCAGGAGGCUGACUGCUGACGUGCUGCGUCCCCGCAGCUCCCUUCCCACUCAUUUGCAGCAGCUGGCAGUGAGCGCUUCUGAAAAUCAAACAAGAGCAAAUAGCAUGCCCGGCGUCAGGAGCCUCUUAAAAAGGCUGGUUCUCUGCUUCUCUGCGCCGAAGCAAUUCCUCUGCUACAAAAUGGGGCUUAUUUUGUAGCUGAGUGCCACCUCUGCAGCUUUGUAAAGCACGCCCAGACCCACAAGCUCAGUUUGGGGUUUUGGUUUUCCUUUUCUUUUUUCCUCCUCGGGAAGCUCUAUUAUUUAUGCCUUGGUUUUAUUCCAUUUGGAAACACAGCGAAUGUGCGUGGACAGUAGCUGUUUAUGGAAGUUAACUGGCCUGCCUCUAUUAAUUUUGCAUGUUGUAAAUAGCAGAAGCAGUUCAUUUACUUUACAGGCUGUCCAGAGAAGUCAGUUUUUUCGAGAUAAAUCAGCAGCAGUGUGCAGAAGGCAUCCCAACACUUCCUUCCUUCCUUCCUUCCUGUGUGUUUCUGCUUAAGCGCAGAAAGACUUACUUGUGAUGAAAUAUGGUAACAAAAUGCACGGUCGACAGCUCUGAGUCCAAUUUUGUUCUCAUAAAAGAAUUCCACAAAGGGAUGCUGAACUCAUUAGGAGCAAAGAAAUCCUGACUUUCCCAGCGCAGCGGUGAGUUUCUUCCAGCCCUUACUCUCCAAGGACAGCACUGAGUGUUGACAUCAGGCCAACAUCGGAAGAUUGAUGUCUCCCUGGGAGCGAUUCCUCGGCGCAGAUUAACGAGGAGAGUCCAUGGGUGCUUUCUAAAGGCAGCGCAACCUUUUCAGCCACGAAAUGCAUGACUUUUGAGCUGGUUCUCAGCUGUUUCUUUUGGCCCUGACCCACUUGUGGUUUUGAGCAGUCUUUCCGUGCGUCGGGACUCAGCUGGAAACAGAAGGAUCCGGCCCCCGCCAUGACCCUGGUGCUGCCCAUGCAGCGGCUGGGCCGCCCCAGCGCCGCCGAGGGAGCCGCCGACCUCGCCGCCUACCGAGCCCUCUGGGAGCCGCCCGCCUGCGGCCGCACCGCCACCGCCACCAGCACCGGCACCGCCACCGCCACCGGCACCGGCACCGCAGCCCCCGGCACUGCUCCGGCACCGCCAGCCACCGGGACCCCCUCUUCAGGAUCGCAUUACAGGGGAAUUUCAGAUCCUGUAGCGACAUCCAAGAUCACAUACUUUAAAAGGAAAUAUGUGGAAGAAGAGGAUUUCCAUCCACCGCUCGGCAGCUGUGCGCAUAAAACAAUCUCGGUGUUUGAGGAGCGGGCCCAUAUUCUUUACAUGUCUUUGGAAAAGCUGAAGUUCAUUGACGACCCUGAAGUCUACCUGCGGAGAUCCGUCCUCAUCAACAACUUAAUGAAGCGAAUCCACGGAGAAAUCAUCAUGCAGAACAACUGGUGCUUCUCCGCUUGCUCCUUCGGUGGCGCCUCGCCACAGGAGUGGUUCGUGCCUCAGGACUGUCCGUACAGAAAACGUCUCCGCAUGGCCAAGGAGGAGUACGAGAAGCUCCACACGUGCUGCUUCUAUCAAGAGUGCGGCAGUCACUAUUUAAACCUACCCUACUCGGUCAGUGCCAGUACGGAAAAUACUUCCUCCUCUUCCUCCUCUUCCUCCCCCAUUUCUUUGCCCAGCUGUUCCCAGCAGGUGGAUUAUGACAUUGGCAGUGCCCCUACUUACAGGAGCGACGACCAGAUACCUGCUAACGAAAUAUUCGUCACCAAUGCCAGGCCUCACGGUAAUCAGGAAAAGGCAAAAUUUGCUGACGAGAAGGGCAGUAAUGAACCUGAGCGAGACAGUGCCCCCCUAAACUGUGAACCUGUAAGAGGCACCCAUGCUCUCGAAUGUAAAGGCAAAUUUUAUGACUAUUUUGAGACUGGAUGUAAUGACAAGAGUAACGUAAGUGAAUCUUGGAAAAAAUCCUUAAGGAAAAAGGAAUCUUUACCAAGUAAUAAAAUGUGCUGCAGCAAAGGAAGUAAAAUAUGAGGCAUCUUUCUUGCUCCCUUGAAGCAUGCGCAGCAUGUUCAUUUGUCUAUCAGAUUUUUAUUUUGAAUGGAUUUUUUAUAGUUUUCUACAAAUGAUACAAUCAUGCCACAAACAUUACAUGUAGUUCUAAAUGACUGGAGAGCAGAUUGCGGAGAGCGUCGCUAUGAUCUGCAUCAGCGGGCUAUUUAUAAGUAUGGAGACUAUCAUAAAGAACGCAGUUGCGUUACCGCUUAGCACUAUAGUCUGUGCAGCUAUGGUGUAGCUUUUGUUACUGAAAAUACCAAUCAGCCAGAUGGGGAAAACAUAUCGUUUUAUACAUCCCCGCCCCCAAGAAGUCUGCCAUUAAUUAAGAAGAACCUCCAUUCUGUUUACUAAGGAAUUAGAAGUCUGGUAAACAAAUUGAUGCUACCAGCAAGGGUGAUGUGCUCCUUGUAACUCGGUGUUUGCUCUGACAAAGGACUGGCUAUGUGGACUGGGAAUAAACCAUCCUUACAUUUUGUAUUGAUACUUCUGAAUUCCUGGAUUCAGCAUCUCGUUCAACUGACAAAAUGGGACAUAGCAUAAGGAAAUAACCUGUUUACGGGAUCUUAAUCAGAAACACAACAUGCAGCUCAAGUACUUGCACGUUUUCACCUCGGCUGUAGUAACUAAUGAGGCUUGUUGUUAUACAGGGCAGGUUUUUUUUUUGGUGCCUUACUUUUUGUCUUAAUUUUUGCCAGCGUGAAAAUUAAGUAUAAAUCGGUGAUACAGCAGGGAUUUAACCUAAGCAGAGGAAAACAAACAAACAAACAACACAACAACACAGGGUGGAUCAAUAUUAUUAGAAACCUUUAACCUUUGAAGUACUGAGUUCAACUUCCUAUUCAAACAUCUCUGUUCUUCCUUUUUGAUGCUCAAUUGCUUUUUGAUUUGCCAUCCUUAGGAAGGGAUUUAAGAAACAAUAGAGAGAUGUCUCUUGUAAACAAGCAUUCGAUGCUUGAGUGUUUCUAUGGCAACUGUCUGUUGCUGGGGCUCUUUUAUUUCCUUCUUCGUAUAAUGAAGUUCAUGAACCAGUGGCAUGUUUUAUACUUUAUUCUGUUUCGCAUAAUUCCUCUCUUUUAGAUUGCAAAAGCAUGCGGGAGUUUUUAUAUUACUUUUGCUGUUGAUUUAAAAAAGACAACAACAGAAAACAAAAAGCACAAUGAUAGUUAAUCAAUAAUGUGGCGAUAAACAUGAUUUUAUCUGAAUGAAUGUAAGGGUUUUAAUUUUAAAAAAGAACAUUUUGGAGAAAUGAGCUGAGAUUUCAGCGGCUAGGACAACAUUUAGUCAUCCCUAGGCAGAUUGAUUCCAAAAGUGUGCUGUUUAAAAUGCCCAGAAGGCAUUUGUCGGUGUUGGACAGAGAGUAUUGUGGGUCUUAGAUCUACCAAAUUAGUUAGUUCCCACAGUCCCCAUAACAACCUGCAGGAUGUGCUUGGCAAAGUAGCCACAUCCAAGCCACAGCGGACUCAUAAUAGCUGCCUGUUCCCACAGCAUCACGCAUCCAAGUGACACCUUCCCACCUCAGUUUGUGUCCAGCAGGUGACAUUCACCUCCACAUAGGCACCCAGGGGUCCCGGCCCUGGGCUGUCUCUGGAGAGGUGCUGGAGCCAGGUCUGUGGGUUGCAGUUGAUCUGGGCAGCUUGCAGAGCACCAGGGCUUCACAGCUCAGCCGGGGUCCUACUGGGCCGUGGUUAUGUUGGGCAGCAUGCACACCCCAUGGUCAGGUUUGCAACCCAGGCAGCUUUUAUGAAUUAAGUGCAGUGGUCGCAGGAAAAAGGUCUCCCCUCCCAGCCAAGGUGACCCCAGGAGAACAUCUAGGACAUAACUCAGUGAUAACCUUUGCACCGUCGUGUGAGUGGGAACUGGCAGGUGUUUAAGGGUUAUCGCUGUGAAGAAUGACAGAUAAAGAAAGUGCAAAUCCCACCUGAUUUCUCCAAGACAGAAGCUUUUUUAUUAAUAAUAAUAAUAUUAAAUAUAGAUCUCAUUCAUACAGUGUAUGAGUAGGAUCAUCAUUUAGACAUUUGUCCACAAGGACCAAUUUUUAAAAAAACUGAUUUUUCUUGUGUUAUACCCAGAUAGUCUAGUAAUGUCUGCUCUUUUCCAAUAUUUGAUAAACACUUGAUGUUUUAAGCUUAAAUAUUAGAUGCUUGUAUACUAAUGUGUUGUUGUAGUAAAGUGAGAUUUCCUUGAUAUAUAUUUAUUAAAAUGACCAAAAUUCAUUUUAAUUUUA